CAAAGCAAUCCUCUCUCUCUCUCUCUCUCUCUCUCUCUCAUGGCCUCCUUCCAUUGCCGGUCCAUGCACAUCCAAUAAUGGGGGAGCCAAGAUUCGCAGGCGCUGCUUCGUCCGAUGACAACCGGCCCACGACGGCGCCUCCUUCGCCGCCGCCCCCGCCCCGCCAGCUGGUCUCCCUCGUCCAGCCAUCCCAGAAGAAGAAGCACAAGACCAAGGUAUUCCGCGUCUUCCGCUCCGUGUUCCGGUCGCUCCCGAUCAUAACCCCGGUGUGCAAGUUCCCGACGCUCCCGAUGGGCAUCCCCGACUCCCACCGGACAGUCUCGGGGGCCCGCGUGACCGGCACCCUAUUCGGGUACCGGAAAGGGAGAGUCAGCUUGUCCCUGCAAGAGACCCCUAAAUGCCUCCCCACGCUGGUGGUGGAACUCGCCAUGCAAACCAACGUGUUGCAAAAGGAGCUGAGCUCGGGCAUGGUGAGAAUCGCCCUAGAAUGCGAGAAGAGACCGGACAAGGACAAGACCAAGAUUCUGGACGAGCCCUUGUGGACCAUGUAUUGCAACGGGAAGAAGUCCGGGUACGGGGUCAAGAGGGAGGCCACGGCGGAGGACCUGAACGUGAUGGAGCUCCUCAAGGCCGUUUCGAUGGGCGCCGGGGUUUUGCCGGGCAACUCCGACACGGAGGGCCCCGACGGCGAGCUGGCCUACAUGCGGGCGCACUUUGAGCGGGUCGUCGGGUCAAAGGACUCAGAGACGCUGUACAUGUUGAGCCCGGAGGGCAACAACGGGCCGGAGCUUAGCAUAUUCUUUGUGAGGAUUUGAGUUCGAUGCUUUAAUGACGACCAAAUCAUCUGGCGAAGGGUUACGAAUGAUCACGCUACGCUGCCUCGGGCGGUGGUGGCCGGUUGUUCUUCAUCAUCAGCUUCACGGCGAGAACGAGCGGUGGAGCGUCACUUGGAUGAUUUUAAGGUAGAAAACGAGGGCAAGGGGAGGGAAGAGAGUUCUUAAGGACUACUUUUCUCAGAGAUCUACGUAGAAAGCAAGUGUCUUAUGCAAUUCUUUUCUUUCAUUUCUUCUGUAUAUUGUCCAUGGCCGUGAGCAACAACGAAAGAAGUUUCGCAUA